CCUUAAUAUCUACAGCUGAAAAUAACAAAGAAGCACAACAUUAAUUACUAGCAGACAUGGAGGAGACGGACAAAGGAGCAACUAAAAAUGUAAGUAAACACAGAGGAAUCAGAGCCAUGCCCUUUGUCAUAGGGAAUGAGACAUUUGAGAAGCUAGGAACAGUUGGAAGCUCGUCAAAUCUCUUGGUUUAUCUAACCAGUAUUUUUCAUUUGAAGAGUAUAACAGCUACUAAUAUUAUCAACAUCUUCAAUGGAACUUGCAACUUUGGCACCUUGCUUGGAGCUUUUCUUUCUGAUACUUACUUUGGCCGUUACAACACCCUUGGAUUUGCCUCAGUGUCUUCUUUCUUGGGAAUGCUUGUUCUGACCUUAACAGCAGCAGUCUCAAAGUUACAUCCACCUGAAUGUGGAAAAGAUGCACCAUGUGUUGGUCCAACAGCAGGGCAAAUGACAUUUUUACUAGGCGGAUUCGGUUUACUAGUUAUCGGUGCUUCAGGCAUAAGGCCAUGUAAUUUGGCAUUUGGAGCAGAUCAAUUUGAUCCCAAAACGGAAUCAGGAAGAAGAGGAAUCAGCAGUUUCUUCAAUUGGUACUACUUUACCUACACAUUUGCUGUGAUGGUGUCACUGACUGUCAUUGUGUAUGUUCAAUCAAGUAUCAGUUGGUCACUUGGAUUGGCCAUUCCUACAACUAUGAUGUUCCUUUCUUGCGCACUUUUCUUUGUGGGCACUAAAAUUUAUGUCAGGAUUGUGCCAAAAGGUAGUCCUUUGUCAAGUGUGGCACAGGUUUUAAUGGCUGCAUUCAAGAAGAGGCAAUUGCAGCUGCCACAACAACCUCGUUUCUCACUCUUCAACUACAUGCCUUCUAAUUCCUUGAAUUCUAUGCUUCCUUACACUGAUCAGUUCCGAUUCUUGAGUAAAGCAGCAGUAAUAACCCAAGAAGACCUGAUAAACUCAGUAGAUGGAUCAGCAGUCAACCCCUGGAGACUUUGCAGCAUUCAGCAAGUGGAAGAAGUAAAAUGCUUAUUGAGAGUAAUCCCAAUAUGGGUUGCUGGAACUAUCUAUUAUGUCUCUGUUGUCCAAUCACAAAACUAUGUUAUAUUCCAAGCCAUUCAAACUGAUAGUCAACUUGGCCACAUCAAUUUCCACAUCCCACCAGCAUCUUUCAUUGUUAUUUCCAUGCUGAGUAUAACCAUUUGGCUACCUAUCUACGAUCGCGUUUUACUUCCAUGGCUUCGGAAACUCACAGGGAAAGAAGAUGGAAUUACCCUUCUUCAGAAAAUGGGAAUUGGAAUAUUUCAUUCUAUCAUCACAAUGAUCAUAUCAGGAAUUGUUGAAGACAAAAGAAGAACCCUGGCAAUGACUAGGCAAAAGUUAGAGAUGACUCAGGGUAAAGGCGCAAUUUCAUCCAUGUCAGGACUAUGGUUAAUACCUCAGAUGGCAUUAUCAGGUCUUUCCGAGGCAUUUACAUUAAUCAGCGAGAACGAGUUCUUCUACAAACAAUGCCCAGAAAACAUGAGGAGCAUAGCAGCAUCUUUCUUCUUUGUUGGAUUGGCAGGGUCGAGUUAUUUGAGCAGUUUCUUGUCAUCAGUUGUUCAUAAGUCAUCAAAUUGGUUGGCUGAAGAUCUUAACAAGGGAAGAUUAGACUGCUUUUAUUACCUCAUUGCAGCACUAGAGAUUCUGAAUUUGGGAUAUUUUCUUGUAUGUGCAAAAUGGUACAAGUACAAAGGUGGGGGAAGUGACAACCAAUCGAAUGAGCCAAAAGAAUAAUCUGAGUUUUGACAACAAAUCGAGUGAGACCAACAAAUUACAUUGUAAUGUAAUUUUCACUCAGCAGAAAUAGAGUAUAGCAAGUUGUGGCUA